UUAGUAAAGAACUGCGGUUUGAUCUCAAAAGCGGGAUAAAGCAGAUGUUGAAGUCAGGAGAACUUUGGGUGUGGGGACAGGGAGGAAGCGGACAGCUGGGGACUAAGUCCAACAAGGUAGAGGACCUCCCGACCCCCUCCAAGAGUCAGAUACCUUUCAUUGGGAUCGCUGCGGGGAAGAACUAUUCUAUUGCUAUCAGCGAUGAUUUAAGGGUUUACCGAUCAGGAGUGCUGUGUAACCAACAAAAUGAUGGAAUUAAGGAAUUUUCCAGAAUUGAGGCUCUCACAAACAUAAAGGCAAUUGCGGUAGGGCAGUCCCACGCAGCUGCAGUGAAUGGUAACGGGGAGAUUUACCUGUGGGGUAACAACAAAGACACACAAGUGUGUCCCAAGAGAAUAGCUCUGGUGCCAAAACCUAUGAAAGUUACUGGACUCAACACAGUGUCAAUAAAACAGGUGUGCUGUGGAGAGGGGUUCACAUUGUGCCGCACAGUGGACGGUAGACUGUACUCGUGGGGGCGGGGUCAGUAUGGGGUAUUGGGGCAGGGGGACGAGCAGCCCCGGAAUAUACCAUCUCUCGUUACUUCUCUCCCUUUUACUGACAUUGUUCACAUUGAUGCUGGUCACUCUUAUGCUGCUGCUGUCUCACAAGAGGGGGAAGUUUUAACGUUUGGUAAGAACACGGACGGACAGCUGGGACACGGUCACAAAGACAACGUGCUGGUUCCAACCCCUGUGGAGGGGAUGGGCUCUCAUCACGUGGUUAGAGUUAGCUGCUCUCGAGGGGAGAAGGGUUCGUGA